AUGAGUGUUCCAUCAAUGUCACCCUUGCCAGAGGACACAACAAAUUCACCCUCGAAUGAUACGUCGACAACAAUAAUAACAAUAAGUGUGAUUGGAGCAGUCAUAUUGAUUCUAUUAGCAGCAUUUCUGUUUUUAUAUUGGAAACGUCAUAGAAACAGAAAAUAUCGGGAAAGUACAGUAAUUUCACAGAAAACAGUGAAACAAAGAUUCACUCUUGAUCAUAUACUUGGCACUGCUAAUGGAUAUCAAGCUGCCGAUUCGGAUGUUUUUUCGAUACCUUCAACUUCAGCUAGUGGUGGUGACACUCGUCCACAAUCACUAGUAAUUCAAGGUAACCCGCAUGUACAGCAAAGUAUGCGACAAGUAAGCACGAGGACAGUAUCAGAUCAUGGUUCAAUCGUAACUCCAACGCCGAUAAGAGAUUCAAUUGAUAUUUCAAAAUUUGAUGCCUAUUCAAGCGGAUUUAAAGAUGAUGAAGAGUCAUUAGUGUCAUCAUCUAGUCAACAACGUCCUUCACUUCAACCACAACAGAGCUUAGAAAGUAAUGUGCCAGAUCGUCAAAGUCAGCAUGAUCAUUCUGCUCAGCCGACACCAAGCCAAUCUCAAUUAAGACAGCAAGGAUCGGAUUAUUUUAGUCAGAAUCAGGGUCAAUCUAGCACUACACGUCCUCUAUUACAACAAAAAAGUUCCGCACACAAUAUGCAUGCGGUUGAAACUCAACGAGAAAUAUUGGUUGAGACACCAAAAGUUUCAAGUAAACAUAAUUUAGAAUCUCAUCGGUCACCAUCACGAGUUGAUCAAUCAAAAAUUGACACAACUUCAUUCCAACAGCCUCAACUAACUAGAAAACCUAGUUCACCACUUCAAUUUAAUCCGCAUCAAUUGGAGCAUCAGCAUAGAAAUGUUCCACCGUUACCACAAAAAAGUCCCGAGCACAAUAAACACGCGGUUGAAUCUCAACAAGAAGCUGUAGUUGCUGCUGCUGCGAUUGACACAUUGCCAAAUGUUUCAAAUAAAGAUAAUUUAGAGUCUAUUCCACUUGACUCAGAAUCUCAUCGGCCACCACCACGAGUUGAUCAUCCAAAAAUUGACACAACAUCAUUCCAAUAUCAACCUCAACAACCUCAAUUAAAUAGACAACCUAGUUCACCACUUCAAUUUAAUCCGCAUCAAUUGGAGCAUCAGCAUGGAUAUACUUCACCGUUACAAUUUAACCCGCGGAGUCCAUCGCCACUUCAAUUUAAUCCACAUCAAUUGGAGCAUCAGCAUGGCAAUACUUCUCCAUCACAAUUUAACUCGCGGAGUACUGGCAGUCCACCUCCAAUUCAAUCUCAUCCACCAAAGGUUAAUUCACCUCCGAUUCAAAACCAACCGCAACAUGCAGAUACUGCUUCACAUCCCUUACAGAGAACUGGGUCACUAAAACGAAGCAUUUAUAAAAAGAAUCGUGAUUCAUCAUCACCCACACCAUCAGAGGGUUCACUUCGUCGAAGCUUAUUGCGAAGAGGAGGUGCAGCUAGUGGUGGCGGUGAAGGGACACCAAGAUCUGAACGUAGUAGAAGCCGCGAUAGUUCUGAGGCAUCCGAUCAUGGCACAACUUUUAGAGCUGAUGAUAUUGGGGUUGGCGAUCAACACAGUCCCAAAUCAUCGCCUCCAAUUGCGCCCCAACAAUAUGUUCAAAGUGGUCAUAUUCCGCCACUACGUGACCUUUCUCCCGGACAUCCUGAAUCUCCCCAAGAUCCAGGAACUCCUGCUCGCGAAGGGUCACCUGAAAGCUUUGCAAGUCGUGGUCGUUCCCGUGCAAGAUCACCAUUUGAUGAAGAAAGGCAUCAAGGUGGUGGAAAUUGA